CGCUAGGGAGGAAGGGAGCCAAUGGAAGAGAGGUGUAGUGCGUUUGGCCUGCUAGUCCUGACUGAAUCUGCGCAGCGAUGUUUCCAUAUUGCGAAGGCGUGACCUGUGUGAUAUCUUAAUCGGUGAGGUUACCAUACCUGAUAUAUACACACUGUUGCUCGUCUAGUGCAAGGCCAAGUCAACGCCCAGUUCCCGCUAUCAUGUCUCUCACAUUUUACACUUUUAUAGCCACCCUGGUGGCUCUGGCUGUUUAUCGACUCAGCAAGGUUGGUCGUAGGCCAGUGGGUUACCCUCCCGGGCCCCCUACACUGCCAUUAAUCGGGAACCUCCACUUGAUGCCCAAGGAGAAAGCCCAUCUACAGUUCCAGAAAUGGGCGGAAGAAUAUGGCCCAGUGUACUCGCUUAUUCUUGGUACAAAGGUAAUGAUUGUGCUAUCCUCGGACCAGGCAAUCAAGGAUCUGUUGGAUAAGCGAAGUGGCAUAUAUUCCUCGCGUCCAGAUAUGUAUAUCGGUCGGGUCGUGAGCGGCGGCCUACGCAUGCUACUGAUGGAAUACGGUGGAACCUGGCGCAUGAUUCGUAAGAUUGUUCAUAACAACUUAAACAUCAAGGCAGCGAGGACGUACGUUCCAUACCAGGACCUAGAGAACAAGGCCAUGCUUGUUGGCUUCCUGGAGACGCCAGACCUGUUCAUUGAGCACAUUCGGCGAUACACGAAUUCUUUGACAACCCAGAUGAUCUUUGGUUUCCGCACAACGAGCAUCCAUGAUCCCAAGCUGAAGCAGCUCUUUGACGGGUUUGAAAAAUUCAGCAAGGUCACUGGAACGCAGACCGCAGCGCUUCUUGAUCUAUAUCCCCUCCUUCGAGCACUACCAGACAUUGCGCUUCCGCUGCGGCGAUACGCAAAGAAGCUGCAUGAGAAGGAAAAUGAACUAUAUGUUGGCCACUGGCUAAACGUGAAGCAGGCCAUCAAGAAAGGCACGGCCAGGCCAUGUUUCUGUCUUGAUCUAGUUCGUGCCCAAGAUGAGGAGGGUUUCUCAGAUUCCCUCGCAGGCUACGUUAGCGGCUCGCUCCUGGAAGCAGGUUCCGAUACAACGGCUGCGACGCUUGUUGGCUUCAUUCAGGCAAUGGUGUUGUUUCCAGAGGUUGCGAAAGCCGCCCAGGAAGAACUUGAUCGUGUUUGUGGGACCCGCUUUCCGACCCUAGAUGAUGAGCCAGAUCUACCCUACAUUCGUGGCUGCGUAAAGGAGAGCAUGCGCUGGAUGCCAACCGACAUAUUGGGCGUUCCGCACGCUGUUAUCCGUGACGAUGAGUAUAUGGGCUAUAAGAUCCCGAAAGGCGCAGGUGUCAUGUGGAAUGUCUGGGCGAUUCAUAAUGAUCCUAAGCGGCAUCCUGAUCCGCGACGCUUCGAGCCUGCCCGCUAUGCCAACGAUCACCAGACUGCGGCGGAGGCAGCGAAUAACUCAAAUGCUGCAAAGCGCGAUCACUUUGUGUUCGGUGCAGGUCGACGUUUGUGUCAAGGGAUGCAUAUUGCUGAGCGGUCGCUGUUUCUUGCCAUAGCGCGUCUACUAUGGGCGUUUGACUUUCACACAGCACGCGGUGCUAAUGGUAACGAGAUAAUUCCAGACGCAGGUGACCUAACAGAGGGAAUGCUAGUACAACCAAAGCCGUUUCAAGCUAGAAUCGUGCCGAGAAACAGCGACAAAGCUGCACGCGUAGAGUCGGAGUGGAGCCAGAUGGUAGAUUUACUAGAUUAUAACCUUCAGUGGAAGGUGCCCCCUAAGGGACUUAUUUGGAAAGAAUAUAACUAGGCUAAGCAACAUUAAUAGCGUUUAAUGAUUAAGGUUAUUUAAUGAAAACAAAACUACUUAGGUAGCUAAUUCUUACUGCUAGGGGUAGAUUCCUCAAGUUUGCUAUUUUUUUGCAUACUGCUGAAUAAAGUCAUGAAGUUCCUUUAGAGAGUCCGUUGGCCUCCUUAUCAUAUACCGACUCUGUGUGUCCUCGAAUGGUGCUAGUUCAAGGAUCUUUUGU